CGGCGCAGGGGACGGCCGGGCGGAGCGGCCAGGGGACGGCGGCGGGGACGGCCGCGCGAGCGAGCGGGGCGAGCACCAGCAUGGGCGGCGGGGCUCGGUUGCUGCCGCUGCUGCUGCUGCCGCUGCUGCUCCCGCGGGGCUCGGCGGGGCCGGUGCUGAGCGAGGCGGACGCCGAGGCCUGGCUGCGCUCCUACGGCUACCUGCCCGCGCCCCGCCAGCAGCCCUCCAGCCUGCGCGCGGCCCGGAGCCUGGCGGCCGCCCUGGCAGAAAUGCAGGCCUUCUACGGCAUCCCGGUGACCGGCGUGCUGGACCAGGAGACGCGCGCGUGGAUGAAGCGUCCCCGGUGUGGAGUCCCUGACAAAAUUGGGGCUCAGGUCAAAGCUAACAUGAGGCGGAAGCGAUAUGCACUGACUGGUCGAAGGUGGAGCCAGAUGCACCUGACCUUCAGCAUCCAGAACUAUACAGAGAAACUGGGGUUCUUCCAUUCAUACGAUGCCAUUCGCCAGGCUAUCCGUGUCUGGGACCAAGCGACCCCACUGGUCUUCCAGGAGAUCCCCUACAAUGAAAUCAGAGAGAAGAGGAGAGCAGAGGCAGACAUCAUGGUGCUCUUUGCCUCGGGGUUCCAUGGGGACAGUUCCCCCUUUGACGGCACCGGGGGCUUCCUGGCACAUGCCUAUUUCCCAGGUCCUGGAAUGGGAGGAGACGCUCAUUUUGACUUGGAUGAGCCCUGGACGCUGGACAAAAGGGACGUGCUGGGAAACAAUCUCUUCCUGGUGGCCAUCCAUGAGCUCGGCCAUUCAUUAGGCCUGGAGCACUCUAGCAACCCAAGUGCCAUCAUGGCUCCCUUCUACCAGUGGAUGGACACAGACCACUUCAGGUUGCCAGAAGACGACCUUCGGGGCAUCCAGCAGCUGUAUGGGACGCCAGGAGAGCAGCCCACCAAGUCCCUGCCUACUGUGGUACCCCGGAAGCCAGACCAGAAGCCCCCAGACAAGCCAAACCGCCCUCCCCAGGCCGGCCCCCCUGACGCUCUGGAGCCCAACAUCUGCGAUGGCAACUUUGAUACCGUGACCGUUCUGCGUGGAGAGAUGUUUGUCUUCAAGGGCCGCUGGUUCUGGAGGGUCCGACACAACCGGGUGCUGGACAACUACCCCAUGCCCAUUGGGUACUUUUGGAGGGGGCUUCCUGGGAACAUUGACGCUGCCUACGAGAGGCAAGACGGGCGAUUUGCCUUCUUUAAAGGCGGUCAGUACUGGCUCUUCCGAGAGGCAAACCUGGAGCCCGGCUACCCACAGCCCCUGAGCAGCUAUGGGCUGGGCCUGCCUCAGGACAGAGUGGAUGCGGCCGUGUGGUGGGAGCCCACAGGGCACACCUUCUUCUUCCGAGGAGACAGGUACUGGCGCUUUAAUGAGGAUGGGAGCUCCGUGGGGCAUGGCUACCCAAGGAAGGUCAGCGUCUGGGCGGGGGUUCCUGCUGCCCCCAGGGGUGCUUUCCUCAGCCCCGAUGCUGCCUACACAUAUUUCUUUAAGGGCAGGCUGUACUGGAAAUUCAACAAUGAGCGGCUGAAAACAGAGCCCGGCUACCCCAAGUCCAUUCUGCGAGACUUCAUGGGCUGUCAGGAGGAGGCGGCUGUGGAUCCGGACCCUGGCCGUCGCUGGCCUGACACGGGAAGGCCCCCCUUCCAGCCCCGGCAGGACAAGGAAGUGGAGGAGGGCACUGCAGCCCCCCGCCCAGGUCUGGAAGAGGAGGAAGAAGAGGAAUCUGUCUUGGAGAAGGAGGGUGGGGGGCCGGUUGAGGAGGGAGGUGGGGACGUGGACAUUGUGGUGCACAUCAACGAUUACCCACUGACAGUGAGCAUCGUCAUGGCGGUGUUGCUGCUGCUGCUGCUGCUGUGCGUCCUGGGCCUGGUCUACAUCAUUGUGCGGUUGCAGCGGAAGGGCCGGCCCCACAUGCUGCUCUACUGCAAGCGGUCCCUGCAGGAGUGGGUCUGAAGCUGGGGGGCUGCUGUGGGGCAGAGCCAGAGAAAAGGCUCCUCUUCUUCUGCGUCUGGCUGGAGGACACCCUGGGCCCCUGCAGGGAAGGUGCAGGGGCCCAAAUGUGAGGCUGCAGCCCAGGGCCAAGGCUGGAAGCUGUCACUGCUGGCUGGAGGGAUUGUCGGCCUGGUCAAGCGAGGAGAAGAGAGGCGGCUCUUGCUGUAAGAUCAUCCCUCCAUGGGGAUCCAGGUGCAGGCUUCACUGUUUGGGAGCUGUGGGUCCUCUUCUGCAUGUGUUCCAGAGACAGGUAUUUGGACCUGCUGGCUGGGCCUUGGAGGCAGGGAGACCCCCUCAUGCCAGUUGCAGCAGCUGGCUUGGCCAGCAGUGGGCAUCCUUAGUGGCCAGUUGGCCAAAGGUUGAGGGGCUGACAUCCUGAAAACCUUGAUCUAUUUUUGUACAUUCUUUUUUCCAGAGCUUCUUUGGUUACAAAGCUAAAUGUGGAGUAUCUCUACUGUAUAAAUAUUUCUACUCCUACAUACUUAUUUCUGCUUGAACCCUCUGGAGACAAAACUCAGGUUGAACAGAUGCUUCAGCCAAGGUCUGGUUGGGUGACCACUCAGCUCUAUGCUCCCCCCCCCCGCCUUUCUGCUUCUUGGCUCUCUGAGGCUCUCCUUGAUAGGCACCCAGGCCAGGCCCACUGCUGCCUUCUUACCUCUGACUUGUACUCUUGGGAGGCAUUAGGUGUAGCUCUCCACAGGGAGGGCCUUUGGGGUUCUCUCUGGCACAGCCAUCCAGCAAGCCAGGAACAGGCUGGUGAGAGAAAAAUGAUCCUUUUCCUGGAUUUGUUACCCAUCAAUCCACGUUCAGAGACUUGAAUGGCCAACAAAUCCACUUGAAGCAAUGAAACUUUGUCCACCUCUCUUUGGGGGAGGGGAAAAGGUCCCUGGGCAGAGGCAGAUGGAUGAAACCACCUGCCCAGCAGGUUCCACAUGGGGGGACCCCCAACGUGCUUCCUGCCAAAGACUCCUUGGAGAAUGGCUAACUCCUACAGCCCCUCCCUCCCUUUCCUGGGGGCUACCAGUCGAUCUGCUGCGGUUGGUAUUUGGCACAUCAGGGAAGGCAGCCGGGUUGAGGAAAAGCAUUUCCUGCACACCGGCUCUGGCAGCUUGUCUGCUGAUUGGGGAGGCUGGAAGAACUGAUCCAUGUAACACGCAUAAACACGCAAAUGGUCAUUGUUCACAGGCUGUCAAUAAAAGUCAUUUGUGCUGACACUU